UGUGUUAUCAUAUACAUUGUAUUGAACUUACCUGCAAUGAGUCAUUAGGCGGCGUAGAUGAGACGUUUAUUGUGAUCUGAUGAGGUGGACUAUAUGCAUAACUUUGGGCCGUCUGACUACAAGCAAGUUCCACUAAGCGAAUUUUAAAAUUUUGAAAAUGUCGGAAUCAGGAGGCGAAGGAGGAAGUCCACAACAACCGCCGGUACCUCAGGCUGUUACAGUUGUGGAAUUACCAAUUUUAGUGAAGUACAUAAAGAGGGUUGUUCCAGUGUUGUUAGAAGACGAUGACAUCAUUCAUCCUGCCCUUGAAACAAGUCUAUUAGAAAAAAUAAAUCAAGAAUGCAUGAAAAAAUUUAUAGCUGAUCCCCAAGUUAGAGCUUUAUUCAUACAAAGAAGUUCCAGUAAAGAUGAAGAAGAAGUUGGAGAAGCUGGUGGAGAAGUUGAGGAGGAGAAGGAAAAUGUUACUUACCUUAUUUCAGAUGAAGUUCAUUUUACUAAUCCAAAAUUCAACAGCAUUGUCAUUAUCAAGAAAACGCCUGUUAUUGAAGCAGACAAAAGAAUAGCAUCACAGUUACGUGUGAUGAAUCUGAACGAUAGUUCUCCUUACGAAACUCUGCAUUCCUACGUAAGCAGUGCUGUAGCUCCUUAUUUCAAAUCUUACGUGAGAGAAACCGGUAGAGCAGAGAGAGAUGGCGAUAAGAUGGCCCCUACUGUGGAGAAGAAGAUUGCAGAACUGGAGAUGGGUUUGCUUCAUCUUCAGCAAAACAUUGAUAUCCCAGAAAUCACUCUUCCUGUUCAUCCUGUGGUUGCUGCAACGAUAAAAAGAUGUGUCGAUGAAGGUCGUAAGGCAACUGUCAACGACUUUGGUGACAAAGUAGAAGAUUCAACGUUCUUGAACCAACUGCAGAAUGGAGUGAACAGAUGGAUCAGAGAAAUACAAAAGGUCACCAAACUUGAUAGAGAUCCCUCGUCGGGUACUGCACUGCAGGAAAUAAGCUUCUGGUUGAACCUAGAAAGGGCCUUGCUGCGUAUUCAAGAAAAACGAGAGAGCAUUGAAGUGGCUUUAACUCUCGAUAUUUUGAAGAAGGGAAAACGAUUUCACGCAACUGUCAGUUUUGAUUCAGAUACAGGCCUAAAGAAAGCUUUAGCCACCGUGAAUGAUUACAAUCCACUCAUGAAAGACUUUCCCCUGAAUGACUUACUGGCAGCGACGGAGCUUGACAAGAUACGUCUAGCUCUUCAAGGCAUCUUCUCUCACCUGAGGAAGAUCAGAAGCACUAAAUAUCCUAUCCAACGAGCACUACGACUAGUGGAAGCAAUUUCUAGAGACUUAAUGGCUCAACUACUCAAGGUAUUAUACAGUGCUUUUAGUUCUAAAAACCUAGCAGCAUUAAAAUAA